AUGUCAAGGAUGAAUAGUGAUCAGCUGCAUCGCUCCACCUUGGGGAUUUACUCGAACUUGAUGGAUGAGUUCAACCCAAGCCUGCAGAAACUGGUUUCACUGGGGAACAGUUAUGUCCAAGCUUUCAAAGCUCUGGCUGUGACAAGUGAGGCCUACUUCAGUGUACUUUCAAAUAUUGGAGAGAAGGCUUUCCACACCAUGUCCUCACGCUCCAUAGGAGAUGUCCUCAUUCAGAUCUCUGAGUGCCAAAGGAGACUCACCUUGGAGCUGGAAGGAGUAUUCCGCUCAUUCAGUGUGGAGGUUCUUCAGGAGAUGGACAACAACAUUAGACUGGACAAAGAUUACAUAUCAAACAGUAGGACUCACUAUGAGAUGGAAGUCCACAACCAGGCAGCAGCUCUGGAGAGACAACUGAGGAGAGGCACCAACCAGGAUUGUAGUGAGUAUGUGCAGUUCCUCAGGGAGAGCCAUGGAGAGGCUCUGAGGGAGGAGGAGAGGAGAUACCGCUUCCUUGCUGAGAAACACUGUGGACUGAUACAGUCCAUCGCCCACCUCAUGAAUAAGUCAGGGGGUUCUAUCCAGCAGAGAGUUGAAGCUUGGAGGGAGGAGGUGGACGCCACCAGACAACCUGAAGCCAGACGUCCCACCAGUCUAAAUAGCGCAGUGAGUCCGUUGGAGGAGCUCAUGAGGAGCAAAGAGGAGCUGCCCCUCGGUAAAAUACCAUCAAGAGCCCCUUCACCACAGGGAAGCAUUUUUCGCUUUGCAGCAGACUCAGUGGGUGGUGGCGGUGGAGGAAGAUCUACAAGGGCCCUGGCUGCCCACCAACCUGCUGGCUCCAACCCCACCUUACUGCCCUUCGCCAGGGGAGAGAUAAUCACUGUGCGGGUCCAACAGCCCCGGAACGGCUGGCUGUACGGACGUGCUGACAGCAGCUCACGUCAGGGAUGGUUUCCAGCCUCAUAUGUGGAACCAGUGGAUGAUCCUCCAAAAUCAACCAGCUCCAGGAACUCUACCCUCCGAGGCAGCAGCAGCAUGAGCAACCUGUUCGACCAACCAGGAAGCGGCAGCCACAGCGGAGCUGCACCUCCCCCACCCCCGCCUCCACCGCCAUUAUCAUCAUCAUCAUCAUCAUCUCUGUCUUCAAAUAAAAACUCUGACAUGCAACCAAUCCCAGCCACUCUCAACAAAAGAGCUGAGUCUAACUCAGAAAACAAGAGAUCACAACUGUAUGGAUCACAACCAGAGCUCUUCCCGAGGGGUACCAAUCCAUUUGCGACAGUUAAGCUGAAGCCCACGUCCACCAAUGACAGAUCGGCCCCGCAACUAAAUCGCAGAUGA